UAAUAGUAAUAAAAUAAAAUAUGGAAAGUAAUCCAGUCUCGAAUCUAGGAGAAAUUAAGACUGUCUCAGAAGCAGAAGAUAGAAGCAUAUCAUUAUUGACAACUCUCUCUCUUACAAUUAAGAUCCUUCCUUAUUUUGGAUAUGCAGACCAAUGCAAAACUCUAAUGACACAGCUCAGGUCAGAGUCCAGACAGCUCUGGCUUUCUAAUGAAGACCAGUGGCUCAAGCCUUUCAUUAAUGACCAGGAGGAAGAAGUAUUCCAUAUAGAGAAGAGGAGUUUAAUGGUCAAGAAUCUUAAAGGUCCUUCAAGUUCCGACGGUGAAGUAUCUUGAGAUUCACAAGUGAUGGAUCUGGCACACUCAAACGUUUAUAAGCUAUAUUCUUUUAGAUUUUGGGCUGUUGGUGAUAAUCUCCCAGGCCUUGAAAUCAUUGCUGAUUUCUGACAAAUAGUGGAUUCAGAUUUGUUAAAAGUUAGAGUGAUAUAUGUUUUUGGUGACAUAAGCACAAUUUCUGAUUUUGAAUGAAUUUUAACAAUUUCUAAAGCUCUUAAGAUUAAAGUGGAAGAGUAUAAAGUUGAUAAAGCAACUUACUAUAGGUUUAAGUCACCACCAUUCUGAAUUCUAAAAACAAAUUGAGUCGAUGAUACUAAAAGCCUCUACGUUUGUUCAUAUAAUUGGGAUCCCCCAAAUAAUCAGAGCCAGCAAGUUUUGGUGAGCAAAAUUAGAAAAUAACUACCUUGAACUUCCAGAACUUGUAGAGUUAUUCAAGAAAUUACUGGAGAUCAUAACCAUGAAAACUCUUUCAAAAGAAAUUAAAGGCUCUGGCAUUAAAAUUAAACUGGAGCAUAGAAAUAUUGUGAGAGAUAAGGAUUGUAUCCACCAGCUCUCAGAUAUAUUAGAGAAUCACACAAUUACUGAAGAUUGUCAAAGAGGGGUUGUUCCAACUUUCUUCCUUAAGUGUCAAGGGUUAUUUAAAGAUCAGAGUCAGUCCAUGCAGCCAAAAAAUCUUGAUUUAAUUCCAGUUUUAUCAAAUGUGCUAAACAAUAAAGGAUUUCCAAUCAAAUUAAUUUUUUGUAGAAAAAGUUACGGAAAGGCCAUGAAGUAUGAGAUAAAAGGAGACAAAUGCUUGAUUGGCUACAGCAACUGGACUAUGAAAAUGACUAAUUUCAGUUUAGAAGUGGCAAAUGACUAUACGAUUGACAAUAAUUAUAUUAUAUUCAGAUCAAAAGAAAAUAUUUUUAAUGCAGAUGUCUCUGAAAAAUCGAGUUUUAAAGACCUUGAGGAACACAAAUCCUCAUCUGAAGAUCUAAAGAUCUAUAUUCCUACAGAUGAAAUCAAAACUCUGAACUGAGACUUUGGAUUCUUGAGAAAAAUACUCUCUGUAGUUUCAAUUCAGAAACUGUCAGAUUUACAAAUAAAGAUAUCUUCUAUUGAUCUCAGUAAAGAAUACACCUGCGAGAUUCUCCAAAGCCUGUCUAAAUUCAUAAAAGUAGAGAUAGAAAUCAUUGAUCUUGAGCCUGAAAGUGACCAGCAAGAACAGAUCAAUGAAAUAUCCUUUGAAGCUCUUCAUAAUUUGAACUUAAAGAAACUUAAGAUUGGUUAUGAAAUCAGUAACAAGGAUUUGAUACUCUCAUUAAUUUCAUUUCUGGAACAUCAAACUACUCUUAAUGCUAUCUCUGUCAAGAUCAGAGCUUCUGAGGUUGAAGAUGCAAAUUCAGCCUUUAAGUCUUUACUUGAAGUUAUCUGGGAAUUAAAUUGCUUAGAUAUUGACAUCUCAGUUUCAGAAGCAACCCUUGAGAUGGCUGAGAUGUCUAAAGAGUUUACUAAAAGCAACAUCGACAAGAACAUUUUUAUUUGCCUAAAUCCCCCAUCAGAAAGAUCUGACUCAACAGAAAAUCUUGAAAUUACCAAUUCAGACAAUCCUAUCACAAAAUCCCAAGAAUGCUCUAAAGAAAUACUGAUAACAGACAAGUUCACUAAGUGAAAGAAGAAAUUAGAAUAA